AGGCUGCGGGACGGCCGGGGGCUAGGGGGCGGGGCCUCCCGACGGUACAGUCAUCUCUCUGCUCGUUCGGCGGGACUGAUGGCCGGAGAGAUGACGAUUUUAGGUUCAGCUGUGUUGACUCUCCUCCUGGCUGGCUACUUGGCACAACAGUAUUUACCAUUGCCCACUCCAAAAGUGAUUGGCAUUGACCUGGGUACCACCUACUGUUCUGUUGGUGUGUUUUUUCCUGGGACAGGAAAAGUAAAGGUGAUUCCCGAUGAAAAUGGGCAUAUCAGCAUACCCAGCAUGGUAUCCUUUACUGAUGGCGAUGUGCAUGUGGGCUAUGAGAGCCUGGAGCUGGCAGAUUCAAACCCUCAAAACACAAUAUACGAUGCUAAAAGGUUUAUAGGGAAGAUUUUCACCCCGGAAGAGUUGGAGGCUGAAAUUGGCAGAUAUCCAUUUAAGGUUUUACACAAAAAUGGAAUGGCUGAGUUUUCUGUAACUAGUAAUGAAACCAUCAUCGUUUCUCCAGAAUAUGUUGGGUCUCGAUUAUUGCUCAAACUGAAGGAAAUGGCAGAGGAAUACCUUGGAAUGCCAGUUGCCAAUGCUGUCAUCUCUGUACCAGCAGAAUUUGACCUAAAACAGAGAAAUUCAACAGUUCAAGCUGCCAACCUUGCCGGACUGAAGAUCUUGAGAGUGAUAAACGAGCCGACGGCAGCAGCUAUGGCCUAUGGGCUCCACAAGGUCGAUGUCUUCUACGUGCUGGUCAUAGACUUGGGUGGAGGAACUCUUGAUGUGUCCUUGCUGAAUAAACAAGGAGGGAUGUUUCUAACACGAGCAAUGUCUGGAAACAACAAACUUGGGGGACAAGACUUCAAUCAGAGGCUUCUUCAGUAUUUAUAUAAACAGAUCUAUCAGACAUACGGCUUUCUUCCUUCCAGGAAAGAGGAAAUCCACAGAUUAAGACAAGCUGUGGAAAUGGUCAAAUUAAACUUGACACUUCAUGAGUCCGCCCAGGUAUCGGUUUUACUCACUGUCGAGGCAGAGGACAGCCAGGCACCUCAGGAUGGUGACGCUAAUCUGCCAAAAGACCAGCUUACCCCAGGGGAUGGUCACCAUGUGAACAGAGUGUUUAGAUCUGGCCUUUCAGAAAGCAAGAGUGGAAAAAGUCAGGUGUUGUUUGAGACAGAAGUAUCACGCAAGCUCUUUGACACCCUCAAUGAAGAUCUCUUUCAGAAAAUACUCGUGCCCAUUCAGCAAGUGUUAAAAGAAGGCCACCUAGACAAGACGGAAAUUGAUGAGGUAGUUCUGGUUGGGGGCUCUACUCGGAUUCCUCGGAUCCGCCAAGUCAUUCAAGAGUUCUUUGGAAAGGAUCCCAACACUUCUGUAGACCCUGACCUGGCAGUGGUGACGGGGGUGGCCAUCCAGGCAGGGAUUGAUGGCGGCUCUUGGCCUCUCCAAGUCAGUGCUUUAGAAAUUCCCAAUAAGCAUUUACAGAAAACCAAUUUCAACUGAACUCUGGGGAGUGCUGGUAACUGUGAUCUUGUCUAGUGAUUUUGAUGCUCUCCAUUGUGAAGCCUCCUCCAGAAAAGAAGUACAUGAAACAGCUCAGAUUACCCUGAGGACGUUUAUACAGGAAAAUUUUGCAAACUGUUUUAUUUUAGAAUUGAAUAUGACCAGAUGAGUCCUGUUUGUGUUUAGAGAACUCUCAUCAUAUUUCUAAAGUGACAGAGUUGAGGGUAGAUGCUUCUCUGGAUUCUGGAAGUAGGUAACCAGUCACACACACUAUUCUGGAAACAGUAAAUAGUGCCAACUCUAAGGCCCCCAGUUUUUACUGAAUUUUAUUAGGGGCUGAUAGUUCUUUACUUGGUUAUUACAUGUAACUCUAAAUUUGGUCUAUACUUGAAGGACUGUUGAUGUCAGAUCUUUACAUUGGCUGGGAGAUAGCAGUAUUAUUAAACUGCAUAGAUAGUAUUCAUCGACUGCCAUAUAAAUUGUACUUUCAAAAAUUCACUUUUUAUGUAUUAUAUUCUCCUAAUCUACAGAUUUUAAAGUGUUUAAAAGACCAGUUUUUCUUCCUAAAAUAGCUACAGAUUUAUUCAGAUCUUUUCUGCCAGAUAGUAGAAAUUCCCAGUUUAUAUUACAGUUCCUUUAAUCUUCAAUGUGUCAUUCUCUGCUUGGAUUUGUAUAAUUCUGCUUGGUAAGAAAACAGUAGGGUGUUAUCAGUUGCCUUUUCAAAGUGCUGUUGUCACAAUAAAGCUGCAGUCCUCUCUCGGUUUGUGCUAUCCAGGACCUUUGCACAGAUCAGAUAUUGUAGCAGUUAUUUGUAUUUAGUUAUGUUGUUUUGUUUCCUUUUUUUCCCCAGGGCCAAACCUAGAAGUGCAAGAAUAUAAUCCAACUACUCUGGAAACUAAGACAGGAUGUUCACACCAAGUUCCAGGCCUAUCUGGGCUACCCAGGAAGUUCUAGGCCAUCCUGGGCAGUUUAGUGAGACCCUGUCCCUAUCUCUAAAUAACAAGUGAAGAGGAAAGGGGGGCGUAGGGAGUGAGCGGAGGAGAGAAAAGGCAAGGCAGAUAGACACGGGCCAGCGAAGGAAACCCUGUAGUUUUUGUGCUGGCCAUGUUGGAAGAUACGGAUCAUUUUUAUGCUUUAAUGAAGGCAUGUAAGAAUUUUAUCCUGGCUACCUUAUUAAUCUAAAGUGUAGCCUGUUAUCACUGUUGUGAGUACUGAGACAAUUUCAACAAGAUGAAGCUCUUCAGCUUCCCAGAGUGUAAUGCUGAAAGGUGUUAUUAUUUGCAGCUUUAUAAAGAAAAGUAUUGCUCAGUAGUGAAGUUGCUGUUAAAUAUCAAUCAUUUUCAUGCACCAAAAGUGUGCAUUAGGUACAGAGAAAAAUAUAAAAUUCUGUUCUUUCUUUUAGAACUAGUAGAGAAAAUGCCAAAGACAAGCCCUUAACAGCGUUCUGAAAAUAUUCAAGACUAUGAAUCUUGAUUUUUAUAUUGAAAAGUAUCUGUGUGAACAUGUUUGAGACUCUAAGUAUUCAAGUUAUGCUACAGUCUCCACAUGCGCUUUCAACUUUCUCUUAAGCCAUUUAGGGUUAUAGACAGCAAACUUGAAUAUCUCAGAUAUUUGGUGGUUCUCAAGACAUGAACAUGAACAGUUGCAGAAUGGGCCAGAUAAAUAAUACAGAAAUGGGAAGGUAAAUACUUUUUGUGAAAAAAUAGAAUAGUGGUGUUGGAGUUGGGGAUAAGUAGUUACCAUCCUCUUCUCUAGUAUAGUUGCAAUGUUAAAAAAAAAUGAAGGGAAUUGUCUUCAGUCAUAGGUGACAGAGUUAUGUAUACCUAAUCUUGAUAUCAGUGUAGUUUAUUUCAAAGGUACAAAUGUUCAAAUCUGAGAUCAGUUUUCAUAAAAUGAGCCUUUUAGUUGUACAUUUGGCUACUGUUUUUUUGAAAUAGGUAGCUUUAAAAAUACUAAGUGAUAAGUAAUUUAUUUUGUAUCCAUGUUUUGGUACUGUGUUUUCACUCAAACCACUAACUUAACAAAUACCACUGUGUAUAUUAUGAACUCAAUAUGACAGUUACUGUAUAGAACAGAUUGUGCCUCUUAAAUAUGUGUGUACAGGUAAUUCACAUUUUGCUGUAAACGCAUACCAUUUUGCAGUUUUGUUUUUAAAUUGUUUAUUUUCCACUCAUGACUAAGGUGGAGUAUAUUUUUGAUGUAUAUAAAUACAGAAGAAGAUAGAGCUGAUGCAAUGCAUACAGACUUUGUAGAGAGUGAUCUAAUUCCGGAAGUAUCACAUCUUCCUGCAUCCUAUACAUCUGCUGGGAUUUCUCCUAUAUUUUCCGCAUAUUUCUAAUUUAGAAGAGCUAGUUCUUAUGUGAACAGUUUCUCUAGAACUCUGAUUAACAAGCCAUCGCUUCUAACUAGUGAAGUCAAGUGCUGCCUUGAUCCCCACAGUUAAUAAAUCUGCAUACCAUAUGUCAUCUUUCAGUUGACAGUUCAUACUUCAUAAUUUUCUAAUAAAGUUUGUGUCAAUCUUUUGGACAAAAAAAACA